GGAGAAACGCAAACAUUGCCCCACCACUCACAUUCCACUCUCACUCCCAGCCCUGCUGUACCUAUAAAUACCCCCUGACCCCAGCUAACCUAGCUAUCCUGCUACGCGUCCUGAGCUUCGAGCUUGGCAGCCAUGAAGAAGGUGAGGGCGAGGCGGCAGCGCAUCCCGGCCUUCGGGGAGUGGAACUACGACUAUGGCAGCGGCAGCGACUGGCCGGUGACCCAGUACUUUGACUCCGCCAUGCAGCCGGGGCUGGUCAUGGCGUUACCACCCUCGCCCAAGCAUGUCAAGAAGGUUGUCAAGUGGAGUGACAGUCCUGCACUGGACGAUGAUGAGAAGCAGCAGCCGAGGCACACGGUGGUGGUGGGGCUGGCAGAGCACGGGAUGAAGAAGCAGGGGAAGCAGAGCAGGGUGGCUGACACCAGGGCCCACGCCGCGGACUGCAACUACAAGGCGUGCCGGGUGGUCAGGGCCGUGGACGAGGACCUCUACGAGAUCCCACCCGACAUGCUCUGCCCCCACGAGCCAAGGAAGAGGCUGACGAAGAGGAGCCUGUGGAUGGGGUGCCUGGGUCUCAGCUGCAUCGCCUAGGGAUCAUCAUCCGUCGUCUGAUCUCGGGUGACUGCUCAUCAUAAGUCGCCUUAUUUUGUGUGUUCAUGUAAAGAGUAGCAGAAAACCAUGGCCAUGAUGUUGUCACACACGGUCCAAAGCCGUUGCUUACAUUUCCCUCCCUCUCUCUACCGUGUGUCCGUCCGUCCGUCCGGCAGCGUCAUUUCCCCGUGCCCGAGACCACUCGAGCGCUGCUUUUUCACGUCGCGUUGGCUCCCCAUGGAAUUACGGCCCAGGCGAAAAAGUUGGGUUUGGCAGGGAGAAAAGGUUGAUGUAACCCCAUAGUUUGAAAGGAAA